UCUCCCUUCUCAGUACGGCCCCAGCCCCCGGACGGGACGUGUGUGUGUUUGUGUGAGCCAGUGUGGGCGGCGCCGCUAGUCGUACAUCUGCCAUCCCGUUGACCAACCAGCCUCCGUUUUCUGUUGGAUUAUCUCCCGUGGGCUGCAAAGGGGACUCAGCUGGAGGGUUGCCGCUUCUGACCCAAGAUCGAGGCAGCGAGACUGGCAAUCAUAUAGAAGUUGAAACCUCCCUCUCACAAAGAUUUAAACAUGGUGGCGGCCUCCCAACACCGGCUUGUGGCCACGGCUGUCCUCGCCGCCCUGGCCUCCCUCGCCGCCGCCAGUGACCGCUGGGUAUGGAGCAGCCAGCGGGAGAACCGUCAGGCGUCCCCGCCACCGAUCUUCCUUCCCUUCAUGCCACCAUUUCUGCGGCGGGAGCUUGGGCGGCAGCUCGCCUCGGCGGCGUCCCCUACAGGUCAGCUCAGGAGGCCGGCAGGAACUGAGCCUCCACCUGUGAAAGAGGAACGUGUGGCUACACCCUUACUGGCAGGCCCGCGAGGCGUGCCCCAAGACGCCCUCGUGGUCCGUCCUCUUCCCCUCGACAUCUCCAAGCUGCCUUUAGAAUCCUCACAGGCGGAGGCGCUCCUGAACGUCUAUGCGCCGAACAACCAGGUCUUCCCCUCUAGCGGCCAACACUUGGAGCCAACCCUGCCAGGGGAGAGUCACCUCGUCACGCUGCCCCUGGAGCCCGGCACGCCCUCCCACCAGACCAAGGCAGGUCACGUCGAGGCGCUCGUAUCCACGCCAGACAUCUCUCUGCUGCCCCUGCAGGGCCCGGCGUCCUCAGCGUCCUUCAGCCCCGCCGCCUUCGGGGAGGUGAGUGUGUCUGGCCCGGAGGUCGCGGCGGCGACAUCCCCAACUUCCAGGGACGAGCUGGUAUUCCCGCUGAAGACCGGCAAGCAGGCGACCCUCAGAACGGCCCCGCCGCCCAGCUCUACGCCGGUCCCCUUCCGAAUCUUCUUGAGAGACUUCAGCGGCCUCGACGCCUCACCGUUCAUUAGCGGCGAGAAGCUGGGGGACGAGCGCUUUCUGAAGACCUUCGAGGCGCUACGGAAGGAAACCUUGACCCAGCACUCAAAGGAGAUUAACCUGGCCUUCCAGAACCUCCGGCAACUUUCUGAGGAGCACAACGAUCUUCAAGAUGAUGAUCGCAUGGUGUUCCCGAAGUUGCCCAACAGCCAGAGCUUCCAGUCCAGCAAGACGGCGCUUACACUCGUAGAGCCGCCGCAAUUCGGCGACAACGACAAAAGCUUAGGGUCACGGGUAUCCUUUUCUCUUCCAGCCCUGCAUCCACAGAUAAACACAGCCGCCUUAACAGCCGCCUCGCCGAGGCUUGAUGUAGCCUUGCCUGACCAUACACUAGACACACACACUGAAAACUCAUUGACGAUGGUCUUCAAGGAACCCAGGGCUCAGAGGGAGGGCAGACGGGUGCCUCCUCACGCGUGGCUGUGGCCGGGGGAGGCGCCGAGACGUGGAGGACCUCAGCACUUCGACCAGCCCUCCGUCCAUGCCCUCUAACACACACACACGCACACACACAGACACACACACACACACACACACACACACACACACACACACACACACACACACACCGUCAUGUCACAAAAUCAUCGUAGUUUUCAUCGCCUUCCUUCCAUGGUCUUAAGCUGCAAACUAGAGUUAGCAAAGUCUCGGGUACCUCUAGAUCUCCGUGGUGCGUCCGUAGCCGUAGUAAGGUAGACACUAACCUGUUAAGUAGCGUUGGAGUUGUGUAAUUUAUUGUAGGUUUACGCUAGCUUUAGUUAACAUUAAGCAUUACUAUUUUUUCCCAUGUUAUAUUUAUCAGGAAUACUUUGCCUUAGAUAUUUCUGUUCAAUUUUGUUAUAAGAUUUUUUUUGCCUACUUAGUAUCGUCCGCUAAUGAUGUCCGCCGCCCAUCGCAAUGUUGUUCGCUCUAUUGGCUUUCUUCGGCCUUUCUCUUACUAGCAUUCCCUCGGUGUCGGCGGUAACCCUUGACCUCUUGUACUGGGGGCUCAUGAUGGCUUCCUUGCUGGCGUUUUCUUUUUCUCUCUUCCUCCGCUUAACUUCUCUCAUGCGUUGUUUGUUACUCUAGCGACGGUGAGGGUGAACGGAUUAUGAAAAUAUAGUAACGUUAAUCAUACUUUUCCUCCCGUUCAACUACUCUUGUACGUUGCCUGUUACUCUAGCGACGGUGAAGGUGAACGGAUUAUCAAAAUAUAGUAACGUUAAUCAUACUUUUCCUCCCGUUCAACUACUCUCGUACGUUGCCUGUUACUCUAGCGACGGUGAAGGUGAACGGAUGAUCAAAAUAUAGUAACGGUAAUCAUUCUUUUCCCUCCGUUCAACUACUCUCGUACGUUGUCUGUUACUCAAUAUGGCAAAGGUGAGGGUGAAUGGACGAUCGAAAUACAGUAACGUUAAUAAUAAUGAUGACGUAGUUUGCUCUUACAUGGACGCGAAAUAGAUACGAGAGCGAGAGGCGUAAAUGUUUUGUGUUUAUAAUUACAAAUAAUAUGUGUUCAGUCAAAAAAUCCUCAAUAUUGUCUGAGGAUUUUUGUGUAUCCAAUAAUUCUCUCGUAUUAUGCUGUAGUAUAUAAAAAAAAUCAUAUAUAUAUUUCGCAUUUCUUUCGCUGUGUACUUAUGUAUCGAAUUUCCUUAGAGAGAGAGGUGAAAAAAAUAUGCAUAGGUAUGAAUACAUGAAAUAAAACUUACCGUACGCUAA